AAGGCUUACCAAGCAAACUAUGAUGCAAACCUCUUCUCACCUAACCCGCGUAUCCCGGCAAACGCUAAAGAACAAACGCGUGCGGAACCCAGACGACUUCAUAUACCAACGGUCUUCUCGACACAACCAUCCGACACGAUGGUUACCAAUACGCAGCCUCAACCUUCCACGACAGACUAUUCGACAACAGGCAAUGAUAUAGAAAUGGUUGACAUCGUUAAAGAAGACAGAGAUCCCAGUAGUAUUGACCGAAGAUCAACAAUAUUAAGACCAAUGAGGAUGACGCUCUUCGACCCACAAGGGCUCAACAUGGACAAU